CUGUUCAUUCAUUUUAAUAAUAUAUUUUUACAAUGGAUUCUCAUCAUAAUGACGAGGAGCGUUCUUUUAAUAUUGAAGUACCUAAAAGAAGAGUAUUUCCUAAUAUGCGUGUUAAUAAACAUUUUAUUGUAGAAAACAGGAAAUUAAAAAUUCAGCGUGAAAAACGACUUAGAAAACCAUCGGAUGUUUCGCCGACUAAGUACUGUUUACCUGGUGAAAAACCUUUGCAUACUAAUGUUACUAAAAGAGAAGAAUUGCUACUAUCCUUUAAGGAAUAUGCUAAGAAACAGCACGUCGAUAGGCAUGAACAAAAGAUGGACAUCAACAUUCGUGAUCAAUAUAAAAUUUACAGCACAGAGUUACGUCGACGACUGCAUGUCGAUUAUCCUCCGAAUGAUGUGCAAACUAUAUUAGAUGUAGAUAAAGAAUAUUUCAGUUGUGUAGAUGGACGUCAAUUGCCUUACCGCCCAAUGCUUUACAAGUCACUUAAAAGUUUAUUUAGCGACCAGUUAAGAAUAAGGCAAGAUAUUGGAUAUAAAAAAGAUUGUGUUUUUAAUAUCGAAUACAGCCAUCGAAGAGAAAUUAAAAAGUUUAAUUUAGCAGUAAAACGGUAUUUGUCCCAAGUAACGCACUUUGAUACGUUUAUUUCUGAAGAUUAUCAUUUGUCCAUGGUUAUCUUAGGAAAAUGGGAGAACUUGAAACACAGACUGUUAGAAAUAGAUGCUGAGCGCGAACAUUUAGCUAACCAGCUGUUUACAAUAACCUCCAGGUUGAUCACAUUAGAUUUUCGAUAUAGUACGCAACAGAAGUACGGUAGAUUUUUGUAUUAUUUAUCUCCUCCCCAUUUUCGAUCACAAAAUAGAGCAUUCGCUCGCUCUGUUGAAAUUGAGGCACGGGGUUUUGAUUUUGGUGAAGUAAGUGAGGACGAUACUUUUGAUAUAAUGUUUAGCAAAAUGAAAGAAGAGUGCUCCGGGAAUCUUACUAAACCUGUCUUGUAUUUUAAAGAAUCUCAUGAUAUAAUCCAAGUUUUCGAGACAAAUGCACAGCAACAGCUACAUCAUUUAACUCAUGUAAUGAGAACAUCAUUCCAUUCAAAUUCAUUAGACAAAGCAAAAAAGUUUUUAAAGGAGUGGACUGCGAACGACAGCGCUAUUCUCGCUAGUAUUAUAUCAAAUUUCGAAUGGUACAUAGAAUUCUAUCAAGAAAGGGCAAAUCAGUUGGAAGCAAAAUUCUUUCAGGUGUUGAAUGGUUUUUUCUACGACAGUGUUGGAAGUGUGGAUGUAUUGAAAUUUUAUUUACACCUAGAAUUUUGUUAUGAGAAGGUGUUUUUGGAAACGCCGAUGAACAUGGAUAUACUAGCAAUGGGUAAAGCGAUAGAAUCAUUUUACUUGAAUUACUCCAAACGUUUGGAUGAAAUGAGUCACUAUCAAGUCAAACAGGCUCUAAAUCAAGCACUGGAAAUUGAAAAGAUCAAAGCUAAGAAAAGUGUGAUUGCGGCGAGAGAACUUCGUUUAUUUGAGAGAUUAGAACACGAGUUAUUACUGUCAUUUACCCCUGUACCUAACAAGGCUCUUAAUAGUGUAAUAGACGAACCACAAACGAAACAUGCGAUCACUAAGAAAAAAGAGAGAAAACCUGAACUUAAACUUGAAAUCGAAAAAAAGAAAAUGAGAUCUUUGAAUGAAUCUGAAGUUGAGUAUUUGCAUCUUUUUACCGACUGGACCGGAGACGAAGACCCAAGCGAUUAUUUGCUUGGGACUUGUGAUGACGAUGAUAAUGACGUGACUCAGUAUAAAUAA